CAGCCAGCCAGACCCCCUCUCUGGUCUGCUGUGUUAGAAAGUAACACACCCGUCUCAGCUCUCAGACCCCAGUCCCUGUGUGGAUACAGCAACACAUUCCUCUUGGCGUCUUCUCCUCUUCUUCCACGUGAGCGAUGGACCAUGGAGUUAUUAAAGAGAGGAAACUUUUACUACCAACGUCCUGAGUAACAUUGUUGGCAGAGAGAUCACUGGUUGGUGACCCUGUGGGUGAGAUGGAUGAGUUGCAACUGUUAUAUCUAUAGUAACAGUAUGGUCCUAGACAGUAUCAACACAGCCACCAACCCUCUCAAGAUGAGUCUAAUGGAUGUCUCCAAGAUCUUCUCUCUGCUUCAGCCCAAGGAAGAGGAUGAGGAGGACAAUGAGCAUGGCCAGGCUCUGAACCAGGCAGUGAGCAGUGAUGACGUGGAGGUGUUAGCUGAGCUGUUGUCCCAGGAGAGCUACAGAAAGUCUAUCAACAGCAGAAGCGGCUGGGGGAUCCCUGUUACCCCUCUACGGACCUCCGCAGCACACGGAAACCUGAGGUGUCUGGAACUCCUGCUGGAGCACGGAGCGGAGGUGGACAGUCUAGAUGUGAAGGCCCAGACCCCUCUGUUUACAGCGGUCAGUGGUAAACACCUGGACUGUGUUGUGGUGUUACUGAAGGCUGGAGCCGACCCCAACGGCAGCCCGUACAACAACUGUUCCCCGGUGCUGACCGCCGCCCGCGAGGGAGACGUGGAGGUCCUCAGGGAGCUGCUUCAGUUCGGAGCCGAGGUCGACGUCUGGCCCAAAGUCCCUGAGUGGGCCUCCAACGCCACAGCCUGCAGGGGACCCCUGUACAUAUCCGCUGUAUAUGGACACCUGGACUGUUUUAAGCUGCUGCUGCUCCACGGGGCUAAUCCUAACUAUAACUGUAAGUCAGAGAAGAUGCUGGCCAGGAUCAAGCAGCCCAAGACAGUGCUGGAGAUGUGUCUGAGGUAUGACUGUGGAGUGGAAUACAUACAGCUGCUCAUAGACUUUGGGGCAGUUGUGUAUCUGCCCACGUUGAUUAUUGACAAGACCACCAAGCAGAACGAGGCGGUGGCGCUGCUGCUCAAGGAGAGAGUUUAUCCCAAUACUCUGAUGUCACUGACACGGCUCGCGAUACGGAGCUACCUCCCCGUGGUUAAUAAAAUGACGUCCAUAGACUGCUUGGACAUUCCCCAGAUACUGAGGAACUACCUGAAACAUCUCCCCUGACCUCUAUCUCCUGACCUCUGAACUCUGUAUGAUGAAGACGAUGUCACAAAUGGAUACCCUAUAUGGCUGUGUCUCAAUAUGGGAUUCCUCUGCUUCAUCUCCACUGUUCUGAAAACACAUUGUAGGUGAAAGCAAUAUGGAGGAGGAUUUCUGCAAAAUGUAAACAAAAAGUGUGAUAAUUUCAAACUGUCUUCUACUGUCUCUACUGAGUGCGUCAUGGGCUGCAAAGCCCAGUUUUGUUCUGUUUUUAUUGGAAGUGUGAAUAAUAAUUAUGCCAAGUUUGCCUUUGAAUAGUUGUAGAGGUUUAAUUAGAAGAAACACAUUUACUUAACUUAAUCUCUGUGAUGGAAUUCAGCACAUCGUGCGUAAAUGUAAUCAUUGGAAAUUGGUUGAAGUCUACUGAAACCAUGGUGAAGACACUGCCCUCUUCUGGACAGUUAUAUAAGUGCACAGAGCUUCAGGAGAAACAUUUUGUAAGUGUAAAGCCAUAAGUAACCACUAGGUGUCACACUACCACAGUAAAUGUAUUCUCCGUCUCUGAAAUCACUGCUCACCGUUUGAAAGUAAUCUUUAGUCAAGCUUUAAAAAAAAAAUGUAAUUUGUGGAAUCUCUCUCACAUUAUGAGUGACCUUGCUGAAGACUGAAGUAAGUUCCCUGAGUUAAUUCUGAGGCUUUAGCUCAAUGACAUAGUCUUGUGGAUUGCGAAAGACCCAGGUUCAAACCCAAUUAUUCAAUCCCAGGUUCAAACCUGGUUUCAAAAAACAAAUAAGCAACGGCACAACGCCUGUCCCCUACUUGAUCCAGAUAGUUUGCGUGUAUGUAUUGAUAUGUAGGCUACGUGUGCCUUUUUAAAAAAUUGAUGUAGUUCUGUCCUUGAGCUGUUCUUGUCUAUUAAUGUUCUGUAUCAUGUCAUGUUUCAUGUUUUGUGUGGAACCCCAGGAAGACUGGCUGCUGCUUUUGCAACAGCUAAUGGGGACCCUAAUAAAAUACCAAAUACCCAAAUAAAAAAAACUGGUUUAAACCCAGUCAGUCAGAGGAGCAGCAAACAAACAGGAAGAAGACAUUGCCUUACUUUAACAGAAUAAUUUGUACACACACAGGAUAUGACAUCACAUUACAGGAUGAGCAUAUCCUGUCUAACGUCCCCAUUGACCUUACGACACAGUUCAGUAUAUAGAGUUUUUAAUUUCAACAGAAGUACAGUUAUAUCAGAAGUGGUUUGGUUUUUACAGUGAAAUACAACGUAAUAAUUCCCAGUGCUCUUUGAUUACAUCAAAACAUAUAGACUUUUCAACGGCCCCCCCCCCCUUCACAGUUUCAGCAUUUGAAUAGGCAUGACUUAGUUUCAGAGUUGGCUUUUCAAUUUCCACAACCAAUCAAAACAAACAAUCUAAGGUCAGAGAGAAAACAUAUGUUCCUGCUAUUUGUACUGUACAAACAUGGUGAUGACAUUUCAGACUGACAGAUAAAAUAGAAG